GCCUCCCGCGCUCCGUUUUGUUUGCUAUUAGCAGCAAGAUGGCGGCUUCCAUCCCAGCGCACGGCGCCGCUCCGCACAUUUGAAAGAAGCCACCGCGUUUGCCCGACGAGUGCUCUUUCGCACGCCUGCACGCAGCCACCUGGGCCGGGUCUGGAUGUGUUCGUCGCUUUUGUUUCGCUCCAGUGAGCCUGCCGCGGCUGUUUGUGUUCACUUCCUGACCGCGCCAUCCCCCCCCCCGCUCACCGGCACAAAAUGGCGGACUGGCCGCAGCCCUCGCUAUGCUAGGCAACCGUAGAAGCAGCACAAACGAGACAGAAACCGACUGAAGGGAAGUUUUCCACGGCGGUGUUGGAAUUCGCCGAAAUAAUUCGCUAACAUUAGCGCCGGCGAAUUGCGUUUUAACAACACCGCCUCUCGUCGAAUUAGCCGGUCUAGCUAGCAGGCUAAUGCUAAGCUAGUCGCGGACGGAGCCUCUUUGUAGUCUCCCGCCCUCCCAACACGGAUUCUUAGUGCCGGACUUGGAGGGGAGGAAACAUGGAAGUCCAGCCUGCGGUGCUUCAGCCCCGCUGGAAGCGCGUCCUGGGCUGGAGCGGCCCUGUGCCGCGGCCCCGCCACGGCCACCGGGCCGUGGCUAUCAAGGAGCUGAUGGUGGUGUUCGGCGGCGGCAACGAGGGCAUCGUGGACGAGCUGCACGUCUACAACACAGCUACCAACCAGUGGUUCAUACCCGCGGUGCGAGGCGACGUCCCGCCCGGUUGCGCCGCCUACGGCUUUGUGUGUGACGGCACCAGGCUGCUGGUGUUUGGAGGAAUGGUGGAAUACGGAAAAUACAGCAACGACUUGUACGAGUUGCAGGCAAGUCGCUGGGAGUGGAAGCGUCUGAAAGCGAAAGCUCCGAAGAACAACCCGCUGCCCUGCCCCCGCCUCGGCCACAGCUUCUCUCUGAUCGGAAGCCGCUGCUUCCUGUUUGGAGGACUGGCCAAUGACAGCGAGGACCCCAAAAACAACAUUCCGAGGUAUCUGAAUGACCUGUACUGUUUGGAGCUGCGUCAGGGCUCCAGCGUGGUCAGCUGGGACCUUCCGGUGACGUCCGGCCAGCCUCCGCCGCCCAGGGAGAGUCACACGGCAGUGGUGGCCAGCGGGCGUGGCGGAAACCGUCUGGUCAUCUACGGCGGGAUGAGCGGCUGUCGGCUGGGUGACCUGUGGAUGCUCGACAUCGACUCACUUGUCUGGAGCAAACCCACGCUCAGUGGGACCGCCCCGCUCCCCCGCAGCCUGCACUCCGCCACCGCCGUCCAUAACAAAAUGUUCGUAUUUGGAGGGUGGGUUCCUCUGGUGAUGGACGACGUCAAAGUGGCGACGCACGAGAAGGAGUGGAAGUGCACCAACACACUGGCUUGCCUCAACCUAGACACGCUGUGCUGGGAGACAGUGCAGAUGGACAGCAUAGAGGAGAACAUCCCUCGGGCCCGCGCGGGCCACUGCAGCGUGGCCAUCAACUCCAGAGUUUACAUCUGGAGCGGACGAGACGGCUACAGGAAGGCUUGGAACAACCAGGUGUGCUGCAAGGACCUGUGGUACCUGGAGACACAGCGUCCCAGCGCUCCGUCGCGGGUGCAGCUGGUGCGGGCCAACACGUCGUCUCUGGAGGUGAGCUGGGGGCCGUCGCAGACCGCUGACACCUACCUGCUGCAGAUACAGAAGUACGACAUUCCUACCCCGCCUGCGGCAAGCUCGGCCAGCACCGCCGCCACCGCCACUGCCGGCGCCAUCUCACCCAAGAGCCCCGCCCCUGUCGCAGCCAGUCCUACUAACAAAACCCCCCAGUUGUCUGGCAUCACGCUGGUCCCCUCCCCCACAGCAGCCACAUCUGCCAACCCGUUGGCAGCUAGCGCGAAAGGACCAGCAGUCCUCAAGUUGGCCACACAAGGAGCAGUGGGGGGCGCCUCCAUCGUCACGGUGCGCCAGGCCGCGCCCAAGUCCCCUGUCGCCGUGACCACACUGCCUGCAGGUGUUCGCAUGGUGGUGCCCGCGCAGGUCGGACAAACCACACCGAUAGGCAGCAGUUCACAGAUGAGCGGCAUGGCGGCGCUGGCAGCGGCGGCUGCAGCCACCCGCAAGAUCCCCCCCGCCACGACCACCGUGCUCAACAUGCCAGCGGGGGCCACCAUGGUCAAGACCGUGGCGGUCAGUCCGGGAUCUGUUAGCCUUCCCGUCACCAUGGUCGGCAACUCGGCGACUCGCAUCCUGAAAACGGCCGCUGCUCAGGUGGGCGGGGCAACUGUUGUCUCCGCCUCCGGCACGCCCGGCCGACCAAUCAUCACGGUGCACAAGUCCGGAACGGUGACCGUCUCCCCUCAGACCCAGGUGGUCACCACAGUGGUGGGCGGCGUCACCAAGACCUACACGCUGGUGAACAGCCCGCUGGGGAUGGGAGCGGGCGGCACUCUCAUCAGCAACCUGGGCAAGGUGAUGUCUGUGAUGCAGACCAAACCUGCGCAUACCGUCACGGUCGCCGGUCAGAGUGCGGGCAGCUCGGUCGCUCAGAUCCUGCAGGCGAAGGGUGCCCUCCCUGCAGGGACCAUCCUGAAGUUGGUGACCUCUGCAGACGGCAAACAGACCACUGUGCUCAGCAGCCCACAGGCCGGCUCCAUGGUCACUAAACCUGGUACCACCAUCAUCAAGACCAUCCCCAUGUCGGCACUGCAGGGGGCAGCAGGUGGCAACUGUCCAAUCACCAUCCUCACUACCAAGGUGAUGACGCCUGGCACCGCAGGAAAAAUAAUCACCACGGUCCCCAAAAUCUCCGCAGGCCAACCGGGCGUCACACAGGUGGUGUUGAAAGGGGCUCCAGGGACGGCAGGUACCAUCCUCAGGACUCUCCCGAAGGCCGGAGUCAGACUAGUGACGCCGGGCGUCACCGGAGCCAAGCCAGCCGUCACCACGUUGGUUGUCAAGGCGACGACAGGUGUGUCCAGUCUGGGAACAAUAACCGGAAGUGUGUCCAACACGGUGGCGGGCGCAGCCUCCAACAUUAAUGCCUCGCUGGCCACGCCCAUCACCACUCUGGCCACCAUCGCCACACUCGCCGGCCAGGUCACCACAUCGACAGCUGCAACUUCCGGACCCAAGCAGGUGACUCUGAUCACCACCCCGAGCGGCGCCGAAUCCCAGCCACUAGUCCAGGAUCUGCCCGUCGCAAUCAUGGCCUCUCCUACGUCAGAAGAACCGGGAACUAUGACAAGUACGCUAACCAGCAGCAGUGCAGAGGCCGAGACGGAAGACGCCGCAGCCACUGUGACCCUGGUCUGUUCCAACCCGCCCUGUGAGACCCACGAGACCGGCACCACCAACACCGCCACGGUGGCAACGGCUGGCACAGGUCAGGUACUGAAGGUAUGUUCCAACCCCCCCUGCGAGACCCACGAGACCGGAACCACCAACACCGCCACUGUGGUGUCGGCGAGCAUGAGUCAAGUGCAGCAGGUAUGCUCCAACCCCCCCUGCGAGACUCACGAGACCGGGACCACCAACACAGCCACUGUGGUGUCGUCGGGCAUGAGUCAAAUGCAGCAGGUGUGCUCCAAUCCGCCGUGCGAGACCCACGAGACCGGAACCACCAACACCGCCACCACAGCAGGAGCAAGGGGGCUGACACAGGUGUGCUCCAAUCCGCCGUGUGAGACCCACGAGACCGGAACCACCAACACCGCCACCACAGCAGGAGCAGGGAGGCUGACACAGGUGUGCUCCAAUCCGCCGUGCGAGACCCACGAGACCGGAACCACCAACACCGCCACCACAGCAGGAGCAGGGAGGCUGACACAGGUGUGCUCCAAUCCGCCGUGCGAGACCCAUGAGACCGGAACCACCAACACCGCCACUACGGCCACAGCUCAGCAGGGUGGCGACAUUGCACAGGGAGACUCCACAGACCCCGACCCCACCUCCUCCUCCUCCUCCUCUGAGCCAGCCUCCUCUGCCGCCAUUAGCCAGGGCCGAGCCGUUACCAUGGUUACGCAGGCCACGCCCACACCUGGACCUGCGGUACCUGCAAUCUCAUCAUUGGUGAAGGCUGAGGGAGACAGCGUCGCCAUGGUGAUGGCUGCCGCAGAGGAGCCCAUGCAAACGGACAGCCAAUCAGAGGAUGUGAUGUCCUCAUCAGCGACGUUGUUGCAGGGCAGCGAGGCUGCACAGAUGGCGUCCUCGGACACACCUCCCCAGGAGCUGAUGUCCUCAGAAGUGGACGGCGGAGAGAUGGACUCCGGAACGACGACACUGAUGGUGACAGCCGAUCAGCUGGCUGUUUCAGCGGCGUCAGACGAAGUUCAGCGUGCAACUAUACAGGCCGUCCUGCAGGCGGCGGGACACCUCGGUGACGCUGAUUCGGAGCAGGCCAUUCCCAUCGUGUUGACCCAGCAGGAGCUCGCCGCUCUAGUCCAACAGCAGCAGCAGUUGCAGGAUGUACAAGGCCAAGCGGAGGAGGAGGCAGAGCCUGGUGCUGUGCCCACAGAGGGCCUAGCCCCGGCAGACAGCCUCAACGACCCGAUGGCGGAGAGCAACGGUCCCGAUGUGACGUCGUCGGCCGUGACCAGCGCCGUAGCCCGAUUGGCCAGCACCUUUGGCCCCGCCCCUCCCCUGACGCCCAGCGCCGCAAAAACCGGAGCCGCCGCCACGCUCAGCGACGUGUCCAAUGGCAUAGGAGCCAACGUGGCGAAGCACGGAGUCCUGGAGACCAAGGGGUCCGCCGCCGAGAACCAGUGGUUUGACGUGGGGAUUGUCAGGGUGACCAACAUGGUGGUCUCUCACUACUACGUACCUGACCAGGGCAUCACCAUCAACCACGACUCGGGCGUGGCGCCGGACUACAACCAGAUGAGGAAGGUGGAGCUGCAGCCGGGGACGGCGUACAAGUUCCGAGUGGCCGGCAUCAACAUCUGCGGCCGCGGGACCUUCUCCGAGGUGUCUGCGUUUAAAACAUGUCUGCCCGGUUUCCCGGGAGCGCCGUGUGCCAUCAAGAUCAGCAAGAAUGUGAACGGAGCCCAGCUCACCUGGGAGCCCCCCGCCAUCACGUCGGGUAAGAUCACCGAGUACUCCGUGUACCUGGCCAUCCAGUCCAGCCAGGCCACCGCUGCCUCGGGGUCCGGCCCGGCCCAGCUGGCCUUCAUGAGGGUGUACUGUGGCCCCAGCCCGUCCUGCCUGGUCCACACACCCAGCCUGACCAACGCCCACAUCGACCACACCACCAAGCCCGCCAUCAUCUUCCGCAUCGCCGCACGCAACCAGAAGGGCUACGGACCGGCCACGCAGGUCCGGUGGCUUCAAGAAACCAGCAAAGACCCCAAAGGAGCUGCCAAGCGAGCGGCCGCCUCUCCUGAAGUUAAACCAGGCGGACCAAAGAAGUUCAGAGGCAGCCAAUCAGAGGACUCCAUGCUGUCCUGAGGACUGUAAUUGGUUGUCUUGACAACAAAACUUGUAGAAUAUUUGUACAUUCAUCACAACAUUUUUUUGUUUGCUCAUCACGGAGACCAUGGCAGUUCGCCUUCAGACGAACUAAAUUACGUUGAAAUCUGACAUGAAAGGUCUGCAGGGGGCGGAGCUUCUGCAGUCGUGAAGUUUAAAUUAUUUUUUUCCAGUAGCAACAAAAUAUUCAAAAGUAUUUAGCUCUUCUUUUUUUAUAUAUAAAAAAGUAUGUCAGAAAACAUUUCUACUGAGGUUUUUGUUUUGUUUCUGUUGGCUUUUGAUUAUGAAGAGGAUGAUGAUGAAGCAGGAAGUCUGUGCGUCACAGGAAUUGAUUGUUGACAUGUUGUAUGUGAAUAUUCUGACAAUAAAGAUUUUUAGAUCAUUUUUAA